GAGAGGACGUGGGUGUUUCUGAGAGUGCGCAGUAGGGUCGGUCGGCCGCGAGCAGGCAGCCUAGGCCGGAGACUGGAAGGGCGUGGAGAUGGGGGCGGCGGCCGCAGAGGCCGACCGCACUCUGUUCGUGGGUAACCUGGAGACGAAGGUGACGGAGGAGCUCCUUUUCGAGCUAUUUCACCAGGCUGGGCCAGUAAUAAAGGUGAAAAUCCCAAAAGAUAAAGAUGGCAAACUGAAGCAGUUUGCAUUUGUGAAUUUCAAGCACGAAGUGUCUGUUCCCUACGCCAUGAAUCUUCUCAAUGGAAUCAAGCUUUUCGGGAGGCCUAUCAAAAUUCAGUUUAGAUCAGGAAGUAGUCACGCCUCUCAGGAUGCCAGUAUGUCAUAUCCCCAGCAUCAUGUUGGAAAUUUAAGCCCUACCUCCACAUCUCCUAACAGCUAUGAAAGGACAGUGGGUAACGUGACUCCACCAGCACAGAUGGUCCAGAGGUCCUUUUCUUCUCCAGAAGAUUAUCAGCGUCAAGCAGUGAUGAACAAUGUUUUCAGACAGAUGUCAUAUGUUGGGAAAUUUGGUUCUCCACAUGCAGAUCAGUUGGGAUUUUCACCAUCAGGUCAACCACAUGGUCAUACCUUUAACCAGUCUUCCAGCUCCCAGUGGCGCCAAGAUGCACUGUCAUCACAGCGUAAAAGACAGAAUUCUCACCCCUACCUAGCAGAUAGACACUAUAGCCGUGAGCAGCGCUAUUCUGAUCAUGGAUCUGAUUAUCAUUACAGAGGAGGCCGAGAGGAUUUCUACUAUGACGACAGGAAUCAUGAUGGUUGGAGCCAUGACUAUGAUAACAGAAGGGACAGUAGUAGAGGUGGGAAGUGGCCCUCAUCCCGACACUAACAGGCAUUCCAAGGACACUGUUUACCGGGCCAUUUUAGGUCCUUUUAAUUAAGUUGUUGCAGAACUAUUUCUAAAAACUGUACAGAGUAAUCCCACAAUUUUCCACCUGUCUUUGAAAAAAAAUUUUUUUAAACCUAGUAACAGUUUGAUAGAGAACUGAGAACUGCGGCUCCUCGUGUGCUACUUUAAUUACCUAACCUCAGGGGUUCUGAAGAGGAAGGUUCAUGCAAAAGAAUGUCACCAUUCUGGUCAUUUCAGACAGUCUCAGAAAGAUGAACUGUAUAGAUUGAUUGUAUUAUAAAGCAAAUAUUUUAAUUAUCUCACCUUUUGUGUUGCAGGAAAUUUCUUGGUAAUGAAUCAAUUUGGUGUAUAUAAUAGGAAACAUCUAAGUUAGUAGUCUGAAAUGGCUGUCGGCAUUUUGUUAAUAAAUGAGAAAAUAGAACUUCUCAGUCAUCUGUUUAUUAAUAGUUUACUUAAAACAGUUUAUUGGCUUUGUUUGGAGAUAAAUCAUAUUUCCUAACUCAGAAUUUAAGUACAAAUUCUGUGGUAUGCUCUUGAAUUUUAUCACAAUUGAAUAUACAUUAUAAAUCUUUACUAGUUCAUUCUAAGAACUUUAAAAUUCUUUCAUUAUAUUUGAUGUAUGACUAGUCACUCAGGAAGUUAAAUAUCUACAAUGUAUAUUUUUACAUAAAAUGACAGUAUUGAUGAAAAUUCUUUUUAGAAUGAUGUUAAUACAUAGAGAAAAUGGCAAAGGGUUUCACUGCAAGGAUUGUAAUUUUGAAAUUUUGUUUAACAAAGCUUCCAUGUUUCAAGCUCCUGUUGCUCUUUCACUGCAGAACCGUUUUUAAGAAUUCAUUCCAUGAAAAAUGUGUAUCCCUUUAUACCACAGCAUUUAUACCAUGCUCCUUUUAAUAUAUUAAAUACACAAAACGAGAA